CUGUUCUAAUUCCUCCAGCGUGGCGGAGUUUUGAUUGGCGUUGUGCAACCUUUCUCUGAAAGAAUAUAAAAGGAGAUUUGGUUCAUUUUUCAAAUGUUAGCAGUGAAUCUGGAUAGUUGGAUAAAAUGGGUAUACUUUUGUCAAAGAUCGCUGAUACUUUAUAUACUGCUUACAGCUUUGUAAAUGAAUCAAAACCAUGUCGAAUUUUACUUUUGGGAUUGGAUAAUGCUGGAAAAACUUCAAUUCUUUAUAAAGUUAAAUUAAAAGAGAAUGUUUGCACUAUUCCAACCAUUGGAUUCAAUGUAGAAACUGUUCAACCUGCCAAAGGUCUAAACUUUACGGUUUGGGAUGUUGGCGGUCAAAAGAGACUUCGGGCCUUGUGGCAUCAUUACUAUAACGAUGCAAGCGGCUUAGUCUUCGUCGUUGAUUCAAACGAUGUUGAAAGAAUGGAUGAAGCCAGAGAAGAACUCCAUUCCAUAAUGCAAGAUGAUAAUAUGAGACAUGUCCCUGUCGUUGUUAUGGCCAACAAACAAGAUUUGCCUAAUGCAUUAAGUCCUGAAACUAUACGUGACAAACUUCAAUUGAGUGAAAUUUCUAAACAGUGGUACAUUCAAGCCUGUAGCGUAAAGACAGGAGAAGGAAUUAGCGAGAGUUUCCUGCAGAUGGCAGAUCUCAUAAAGAGGAAUGAAUGCAACUGAACAGUAAAUAGACGAUUUUAAUAGUUUACAAAUUUACUAUAAAUACAUUGAUUUAAGGAAUGAUAUUUCUUGAUUGAAUGAAAUAUCAUAUACGUUUAUUUUGUGUUUUUGUACAAAUUGUAUCUUUAUUUUAUGUUCAUUCAUGUUCACAGAAUUGAAAAAAAAAUUUCUUACCCAAUGACUCAGAGAGUUUACGGGUUUUUUUCUCUAUCAGAAUAUACUGAAAAGGUUGUCGACGGUACUCCUUUCAACGUGGCAAAUUAUAUAAUACUGAUUAAUUGUCCCAGUAAAAAUACCCUGCAUAGGUAUGUUAUUUCGGAAAAGAGAAAGAAUACUAAGGUUUAUGUAUAAUAGUCCUAAUUUUAGAAAAUAUUGCUAAAGCGUUUUCUUUAAAUUGUGGUCCUAUGAAUGAUUGUGAACCUAGUGAAAAAUGAACCCUAUCAAUGGCAAUUAAGAGAAUAUCUUAGCAAUUCUUUAGAUAACUUUAUAUAGAUUUCAUUUUCGUUGCUGAUUCGAUCGACGUUGAAAGAAACAUAAAUUUCUGCAGAAGAUGAUAGAGAG